AUGUCUACGUCAAAAUCCUUUCCACCAUCAAGCGGGUCGGUCGAAGUAACAUUGCUUGACGGGGGUGGUUUUACCACAGCUGAGGACGCCAGGCUUCAUCAGGAUGGUGACCGACCACCGUUUUACCUCUAUGACUGGUUGUUUCUUAUUCAUCACCAGUCGACAGGCAAGAAGGUCUUAUGGGAUCUUGGAAUUAGCAACGACCGCGACUUGUAUACUCCAUUCGUUUUGGAGUACCAAUGGGGUAGCUGCAAUCCCGUUGGACCCCGAGUGGAGUUGGGAGAGCAGCUCAAGUCUGUUUAUGUCCAUCCCAAUGAGAUCGACUCCAUCAUCUUCAGCCAUGCUCACUGGGACCACUGCCGUCCUUCCAAAGGAGAGUUCCCUCAUGCAAAAGUAAAAUUUGGCCCUGGUACAGGCGCUUAUUGCCAACCAGGCCAUGUUCAGACUGGAAAAGUCGUGCCCAAUGUUCAAUGGGAUGCUCGGAUCUUUGGAGAUGAUUAUAUCAAGCAAAUUGAGUACGAAGAACUUCAAGGUCCCUGGGUACCAUGGGGACCGUUCGAGCGCGGCAUGGAUUACUUCGGGGACGGAAGCUUCUGGAUUCUAGAUGCCCCGGGUCACAUGGUUGGGAACCUCGCAGCUGCCGCCCGACUAACAAACGGUCAUUACGUUAUACUCGCAAGUGACUGUUGCCAUUCAAAAGAAAUCCUCAAUGGAUCUAAGGAGAUGGCAAUAUGGAAGUUACCGGAUGGGGGGACGUUCUGUCUUCACGAGGAUCCUUCUGUCGCAAAAGACACGAUACGGCGGUUGAAGGAGGCUUCGGACGACUAUGGCGCACACAUUGCAAUGAGUCAUGAUGCUUCAUGGAUCCAAGAAGGGAAUGAUAAGGUUCUCAUGUCUAUUCUUCACCCCUUGUUUGGUAGUGAGGGAGUUAUAUCAAGAAUCAAAGCUGGGGAGCAGCCAUGA